AUGGACGAUGUGAAAACGGACUAUUAUAGUGAGAACAAAAAUACUACAGAGGUGCACUGGCUGGACUCUAGCAAACGCAAAAAUGCUCUGUUCUCGGCAAUUGCUAUAGGCUGCAUUCUUGGCACUGUGCCAAAUUCACUGCUCAUUCAGAAGUUUGGACUACGUGCGGCUGUCGCAGUCAGUGGCCUUCUGACAACGGUUGCUACUUUAUCUUUCCCUCUUGCUGUGAGAUAUGGAUUUACAGCAGUAUUCAUUAUGCGAGUGUUACAGGGUGUGGGCACUGCUCUGUCAUUUCCCAUGACGGGUAUAGCACCAGCGCAAUGGUCAACAUUGAAAGCUACUGGUACAUUCAUUGCUAUUUUGUCUUGUCAUGUGCAGUUCUGCAACAUUUUCACUAUGCCAGUCUCUGGGUUUCUAUGCGAAAGUCGACUUGGAUGGCCUGCAGUCUUUUAUUUACAGGGAAUACUGUCAGCGCUUGUAUUCCUCGCAUAUCACUUCUUCUGUACUGAUGAUCCGGCUAAACAUAGAUGUGUUGGUCCCGAAGAAUUAGCAAAAAUUUCUGAAGGAAAAAGUUGUGAAAGAAAGCCAAAUGUUCCCUACAGGGCCAUCUUUACCGAUAAAUGCAUACUCGGCGUGUGGUUUUCGAUCAUGGGAGGGAACCUUGCAUUCCAAAUAUUCUUGAUGUAUGGCCCAACUUAUAUAAACAAGAUUCUUCACUUAGGCAUUGCUUCGACAGGAUUCGCCACCGCCCUUCCUCAUAUUCUUUCAGCCGUAGUAAAAUUCGCGAUAGGACCAAUAUCCGACAAAGCCAUCUGCAUAUCCGGAAGAUGGCGAUUUAUCUUCUUCGCCGCAUUAUCACAAGGAAUGAUGGCCAUUUGUGUAGUUGCACUAGCUCAUCUUAAAGAUGCUCGAUUAGCUCAAAUCAUCUAUACGACAGCAAUUGUAUUCAGUGGCAUCAACGUAGUAGGAAUUAUCAAAUGUGCACAAGUAGUAGCAGGCCAAUAUUCACAUUUUGUGAUGUCAGUUAUGUCAUUUCUGACCUCAUUCAAUGCUCUCUUGAUACCUGUAGCCAUUAGCAUAGUAUGUCCGGAUAACACUCCAGAACAAUGGAGUCGGUUAUUCCUCGGUCUGAGCGCCAUCGUAGUCGCAGUCAACGCUCCGUUUGUUUUUGUUGCGAGGGGCGAAGCUGCGGAAUGGACGGGCAAUAAAGUACAGCCGGCGGAGUUGCCAGACAAGAAAAUCAGCACUAUAAAGGAAGACUUUACCCAGAAAGUCUAG